UGUUGAGAUUAGAGCAACAGCAGCUGCAGCCUUGAAGUAGAGUAAAACAGAGAGCAUGAAUUGAUGAAGAGUGGUGUUUAUUAUUUCAGAACUGACUUAAUUAAAUUAGACAGUUAAUUAGUUAGACUUAGAGGUCUAUUGAGGAGUUAGAUUUACAGGUUUCAUACAUGAAGAAAGAUAGACUGGUACAGAUCCUUCUUCCUCGGUUUUUCCUUCUUGGAGAUGUAAGCAGAUGCAAUCAAUUCGAGCUUGGUACCAGAGCCACCAAUUAAUGGUGACCUUCUGAUAGUGUAAAUCCUUCCAAUCUGGAAUAUUUUUCCUUUCCUCCAUUCUACUACGGUUCAUAAUAUUGUAGGCGCGUGGACAGGACGUCGUUGGGCUUUCACCCAAUCACGUGAACCGAACAAGAAACUUCCCCCAUAACUAACCAUCACUCAGAAUUCCGUUUCCCGCCAUUAGUUUGUUAUGUACAGUAGGGCUGCUGUGAUAUACGUAGACGACAUAUAUAUAUAUAUACAGUCACUGUGAUUCACAACUUCACUACCUUUUUCGUAUUUCUCCUCCCUCCGUCCAGAAAUUCAAUGGCGAUCCCUCUGCGAUUCCAGCUCCUCGUCCUCUUCCUCCUCCUCCUCCUCAUUUCACUAUUCAUCUCCGCCGCCAGCACAGACGCCGCCUCCACCUCCCCUUCCUUCGCUCCUUCCCCUCACCCUUUCCACUCCCCAUCCCACACAUACUCCCCUGCUCUCUUCGCCACCAUUCUCUCCACCCUCGGAUACCAGGAGCUUUCCACCGCUGCCGCCUCCGCCAACCUCUCCGCCACAACUCCCCUCACUGUCUUCGCCCCCUCCGACGCCUCCCUCCUCACCUGCCCCUCCUGCUCCCUCCCUCUCCUCCUUCAGGAGCUCUCUCUCCCAGGCCUUUACCCCCUCCACUUCCUCAAAACCCUCAUUUUCGGUACCAAAAUCGAGACGCUCGCUCCCAACCGCUGCCUCACCAUCACCACCGACAGUAAGGAUAAGGUCUUCGUUGACGGAGUGGAGAUCACGAGUCCUGACCUUUUCAACAAUGGCCUCGUCGUGGUCCAUGGUCUCCAAGGCUUCAUUUCGCAUCUCUCUCCGCUAUCAUGUAACGUCGAGCGUAUGACGUCAUUGUCAUUCCCUUCGCCUUCUCGUACCUCCAGGUCGCCACUGCCUUCGUCGCCAUCUAUCAUUCACCUGAUGUUGAAGGAUGCUAUUAUUCGACUCCGCGCCACCGGAUACAGCGUUGUCUCCCUCGCGCUGCGUGUGAAGUACGUCGAGUUCUCUGAGUUGAAAUCGAUGACGAUUUUCGCGCUCGAUGAUACCGCAAUCUUCUCAGGUGGAGGAAAUGCUUACUUGGCGAACUUCAGGUACCAUGUAGUGCCGAACAAGCGGCUGACGGCUGCGGAGCUCGUUAGCUUACAGCCAAUGGCGUCUUUGACUACGAUGGACCCCGGAAAUAACCUGGUGGUGACUACUGGAGGUGGCGGAGGACCUUUGGCGCCCAUGAAGAUUAACUAUGUGAAGAUCACGACCAUUGAUCUGCUUCAUAACAGCAGGAUUGUGAUCCAUGGAGUGUCGUCGCCGUUUCCACAUAUGCAUCAUCAUCAGCCGUAUGAUGAGGACGGCAGCUUUGAUCAUGAGAUCAAACGGUCCAAUUGCGAUCACUUGGAUCUGAAUCGUGGAACCUGUGAGGUUGAAGCUGAAGUACCAGCUGGCCCGCAAUCGAGGGUGGAUGUUGACCAUCACCGUGGACUGUGAGAUCUGGUCGACCGGUUACUCUACUUUCAAUGUUGUAGCGACCUAAUGAGCUUUCUAGGUGACUGUAGGAGGACAAACUUUACUGAAUGAUGAUGCUUCGACUGCUUGUACUCUCUGCGCUUUUUUGGCGGUUAAUGUAGAAUAACAUUUGAGGAGGUACAUUUCGUGAACCAUCCUAUCAUCAUUUUACGUAAAUAAUGUGCUUAUUUUACUCAGCUCUGUUCCUUAUUUCCAUUCUUCUGAACCUUUGAUUGAAGCUUUGGCCAGCAGAAUGCAUGAAUUAAUG